CUAAAGGACGACCAAAAAAAAAACAGAAGGAAGGGUGAAAGAAUAGGUGUGUCAAAAGAAAGAAUAUUGUUAGACAAAGUGAGAGGAAAAGUGAGUUUGUGAAAGUGGGACAAACGUCUGAGACGAGUGGAGGAGUGAUGAUGAUGCGAGCCCAGAUUGAAGUCAUCCCAUGCAAGAUCUGUGGUGAUAAGUCCUCUGGAGUGCAUUAUGGAGUCAUCACUUGUGAGGGCUGCAAGGGAUUUUUCCGGCGCAGCCAGCUGCCCACUGUGUCGUACUCCUGCUCCAGGCAGAGUAACUGUCAGAUUGACCGGGCCAGCCGCAACCGCUGCCAACACUGCCGUCUGCAGAAGUGCUUGGCACAGGGCAUGAGCAGAGAUGCUGUGAAGUUUGGACGGAUGUCCAAACGUCAGCGUGAUUCUCUGAUCGCUGAAGUGGAGAGGCACCGACAGCAGCAGCAGCAACAGCAGCAGCUUCAGGGAGACGCCCAGUCUGUGUUGUCCUACUCCACCAAAGCCCGACAAGACCGCUCCCCCCAGCUCCUUCAGCCCAUGGCCUCGGCCUACUCCUUCGCUGGUGAGGCUGAGCUGCUGUCCUACACCACUGAUGUUCAUCCUUAUCUUGUGUGCUCCCCGAACGAGUCACAGGUGUCGGGAAUGAUCUACCGAGGCUCCAGUGUCUCUCCCACAAUGCGGUCCCAGGGGAAAGGGGACAACAGUGGGCACCCUGACAUUAGAGGAUUUGACUCUAGACAGCCAUCGCAUGAUCUGAUGGCAAUUCACCCCUACCCUCUGGAGGACCCUUACAGCAUCUAUCCUCACUCUCUGCGAAAUAUAGAUGAGCUGUGUGCCAGCAUUGUGCGUUCCCAUCGAGAGACCAGCCAGUACAGAGUGGAGGAGCUGCAGGCUCUCAGAUGGAAGCUGUUCAGCAGGGAGGAGCUCCAAGCCUACCAGAGCAAAUCAGUGGAUGAGAUGUGGCAGCACUGUGCCAUUCGACUGACUGAUGCCGUGCAGUAUGUGGUGGAGUUUGCAAAACACAUCCCAGGUUUCCGUAUGCUCAGCCAGAACGACCAAAUUGCGCUACUCAAGACAGGCUCCAUGGAGGUGGUUCUGGUCAGGAUGAGUCGGUUCUUCAACACAGAGAAUAACACCGUCUUCUUUGAUGGGAAAUUUGCUGGAGCUGAAAUUUUCAAGUCUUUGGCAUGUGGUGAUUUGAUCAUGGCAGUCUUUGACUUCGCUCAUGACAUGUGUGGUCUAAAGCUCACUGAGCAGCAGAUCGCUCUCUUCAGUGCUCUGGUGCUGAUCAAUGCAGACCGUCCAUCUCUGGAGGAUAGAAGCAGGGUUCAGCGGGUGCAAAGAAGCGUGGAGUUAGGACUCACACACAUUCUACACCGAGACAACCAAGACAAUCUAAUGCAUAAGCUGUACCAGAGGAUGGCGGUGUUGCGUUCACUGUGCAGUCUUCACAUGGAGAAGCUACGCUGGUUCAGUCAGCGUUACCCUCUCACCGCUCACUCUCUGUUCCCUCCACUCUACAAGGAGCUGUUCGCCUCUGAGGCAGAGCUUCUGCCGGGGACCACUCACUGAAGAUUCACUAGAAUAUGCAAAGACGCACACACACACACACACAUAGACAAAAAUUGUUUUAUCACUUUCUGACAGAAUCUAUUUUUCUAAUAAUGAAAAUGACUGAGAAAAGCACAGUAAUCGUAGUGUGUUAAGUAUUACAUGACUUCCAGCAGAGCUUUGUGUUGGUAGCCUAUGUUAAACAUAAAUUUCAAUAUUUUGAUAGCGUAAAACUAUUUUGAUUAUUCCGAGGAAAUGGGAGUUUUGUUGUUCUUUGAUGCUGCAUUGUCAGUGGGAUACAGGAUUCAUUUUCUCUCAGGAUGUGAUUCUGUCCAGCUAAAGCUACUGUGUGUCACAGUGCUGCCAGACAGAGAGAUUCAAAGAGGCAGGACAGUGGCAGCGUUUUCAGGAUGAAGCACUUGGUUUAUUUCUUUGCGGAUGUCAUCAGUUGUAGUCAGCUUGGAGUCACUGCAGGCUCCAAUUCAAGUUUAUUUGUUUGCACAUUACAAAAUAGAAAAAUAAAAUAUAAAAUGUCAGGUAUACACACAAAGAAGAAUAAUACAGUAACAAGAAAUGUGCUGGCUCAGCCAAAUAAGCCAGGAAACAUAUUGUAGUUUUGCAAUACAGCUAGGGAUGUUGCCUCAGUUUCACAACAUAACCAGCUUUACACAAUCAUGUCCACUGUUCGAUCAUGAGCCCGGUGUGUCAUAAAAGUUUAUAUUCAUGCCUAAAUCUGGAUUAAUUACUUCACUGCUUCUUUACUCAUCGUGCACAAUCCUGUUACAGCUUGUCAGUAAUUGCCCUACGUUAGUUUUACGCAAAACAGAUCCACCUGCUCAUACUCAGUGUUUAAGCCUCAGAAGUUUCAGCUGCAGCAUUGCUUUAAUGCAUAUGUGGGAGGCUUGUGGCACAGACUCAGAAAGGUGCCAGGACACACGGGGAAAGCUGAGAAAGUUCCAAAAUCAUAACUGUGAUUCUCAAGUCUACUUUCAGGAGACUUGAGAAUAGGCUGUAGCCACAUCAAGUCACACAGAUUGACUGGCAUCAUUUCAGCAUCAUGGCUGGAUUAUACUAUUUCGGUAAUGUUUGCUAUUUGAAGGUUAAUAUGUGGCAAAAAUAAAUAUUCCCUACAAAACGUGAGAAAUUGGAAGAGAUCAGAGUCGGUUAUAUCUGAAUGUGUCAAUGACAUGCUCAGUGCUAAAAGACACCCAAAAAUCAAGUGACAGUUUGCCUCUUUGCAUCUUUAUGUCUCUAGAGAAGUGUUUCUCCUCAGGUUGAUGUUGUCACAGUUUGACUCAUAAUUCCCACAAAGCAGCAGUACCUUUUAUCCUUUGUGUUUGAAUAAAUCCUUACAGGCUUUUAUAUCUUUCAAGCUUUGAAAAGAUGUUGCAUUAAAUGUAGAUUCAAUUAAAAAUGUGGAGAUACUGUUGAAGUCUCUUCCUCUGUGUGCAAACUUUUUCCUUUUUUUCAGAUGAACUUGCAUAUGCUUUGUUUUCUCUACAUAUCUUUGGAUAAAGAAAGAGUAAAGAGGCAGUGAUGAGAGUUUUCAGCAUUAAGUACUGUAUGUCCGGAUGUAGUUCUGUCUGUUCCCGGAGCAGCUGAGAUUAUAAUGAAGAUAAAUCCAUGUAAAUCUUCUAAUAAACUGCUGAGGCUGUGACACCAAGCA